AUGGAUUUAGUUUUAGAAUUUUUUGAUUCAUACAUAUUGGAUUAUACAUAUGCCAAAACUUUGCCUUCAUCGCUGGCUUCCAAUUUUCCAAGACAAUGGCAGUCUUCUCUAUAUUUGAAUCCAGGCAAUUCCACAUUGUUGAAAGAGGCUUCUGCUAUGUUUGCUUCUAAAUUACCAGCUGGUAAUAACCCAGAUGUAUAUGGGUAUGUUCCUUAUUUAUUCAAAAUGUCUGAUUAUGCUUUUGAAUCUUUAUUACCACGUUACAAUAUUUUCAGACAAGCAUUAUCCUUGUUGGCCAUUACCACUGUUUUCGGUUGGAUUUUAUAUCUAUUAACUGCUAGUUUCUCUUAUGUUUUCAUUUUCGAUAAGGCUAUAUUCAAUCACCCACGUUAUUUGAAGAAUCAAAUGUCUUUAGAAAUCAAGUUGGCCAUGUCUGCUAUUCCAUUUAUGGUUGCUUUGACUCUUCCAUGGUUUUUGUUGGAGUUGCACGGUUAUUCUAAAUUGUAUAUGUCUAUUGAUGUGGAGAACCACGGUAUUAGACAAUUUUUGCUGGAGUACUUUUAUUUCAUUAUGUUUACUGACUGUGGUAUUUAUUUAUUACACAGAUGGUUGCACUGGCCAACUGUCUACAAAUAUUUGCACAAGCCACACCACAAGUGGUUAGUUACCACCCCAUAUGCCUCCCACGCUUUCCAUCCAGUUGAUGGUUAUUUCCAAUCUUUACCAUAUCAUCUUUAUCCAAUGUUAUUUCCAUUGAAUAAAAUUUCCUACUUGAUUCUAUUUACUUUUGUUAAUAUUUGGACAGUUAUGAUUCAUGACGGUGAAUACUUGGCUAAUGAUCCAGUUGUUAACGGUGCCGCUUGCCACACCGUUCAUCAUUUGUACUUCAAUUACAAUUAUGGACAAUUUACUACUUUGUGGGAUAGAUUGGGUGGUUCUUAUAGGGAACCAGAUCAAGAAUUAUUCGAUAAAAGUUUAAAGAAGAGUGAAAAGACUUGGACUCAACAAGUUGAAAAGAUGGAAGCUAUUAAAAAAGUUGUCGAAGGUGAGGAUGAUAGAAUUUAUGGUACUGAAGAAAGGUUUUUGAAAAAGACCCAAUGA